CUUGAACAUCACAUACCUUCCUGCUAUAAUCAUGCCAUCCGCUACAACUCCUUGCGAAAUGGUCCACAAAAAUGGCCUAAACCAGAAUCUGUCGAUAUUGAACGGGCAGCCUUUGCUUUUGGAAGGUCCGGACCUCCUUCAUCAACUAGUUCCUCGACUGCAUCACGACGCCAACGCCAUCGAUUUCCUGGAACACGGAUCGAAAAGGCGAAAGUUUUCUUACACAACACUUCACUCCUUGAGUGAUGCCUUCGCCGCUAGAAUUACAGAAAUACUGGGCAAGCUCGAGAGUGCUUCGUCCAUUAUUCCGAUAUUUCUACCGCAGUCUCCAGAGCUUUACGUAGUCCUACUGGCUAUUCUAAAGGCAGGGAAGGCUUUUUGUCCACUCAACCUCGACACACCGACAGAGAGACUAAAGUUCAUUCUUGAGGAUGUUUCAGCUGAUAUCAUAAUCACAUUCGAAUCCUACAGCGAGCAUAUCCGCACAGCCACCAACAUCCAUGUUGUAUCAGCAGAUCGCGAACUUCCUGGUUGCCAUAACACUUUCCAUCAUGACUCGCCGCGCCUAAACCCUGACGAUCUUGCAUAUGUGCUGUACACAUCGGGAUCCACUGGGCUGCCCAAGGCAGUGAGCGUGUCUCAUCGUGCCGUCACACAAAGCUUGCUCGCUCACGACCGUCACAUUCCAGCCUUUUCUCGUUUUCUUCAAUUUGCUGCUCCUACUUUUGAUGUCUCCAUAUUUGAGAUAUUCUUUCCGUGGUUUCGAGGCAAGACUAUAGUUGGCUGCACACGCACGCAAAUGCUCGAUGACCUUCCAGGGACUAUAGCUAACCUCGACGUGGACGCUGCCGAACUUACACCAACGGUCGUUUGUAAUCUUCUAUCCGGUCGCUCGAGCGUGCCUGGUCUGAAGUUGCUACUCACUAUUGGCGAGAUGCUGACACAACCCGUCAUCGAUGAGUUUGGCGGCGAUGCGAUCAAAGAGAGUAUAUUGUGGGCCAUGUAUGGCCCAACAGAAGCUGCGAUUCAUUGCACAAUAUGGCCACAGUUUUCAACGUCCGAUUCAACCAACACAAUAGGCUAUCCACUAGAUACUGUUUCUGCUUUCAUCCUUGCACCUUCUACAGGACUCAGCACCUCACUCAACGAUAUACUUCCGAUCGGGCAGGCUGGUGAACUUGCAAUAGGAGGCCCUCAAGUUGCUAAAGAAUACCUCAACCGGCCAGACCUUACAAGUGCAUCCUUCGUCGAGCAUCCGUAUUACGGUCGCCUCUAUAGAACUGGUGAUCAAGCAAAGAUCAACGAACAAGGGUUGUUGGAGUGUCUAGGGCGAGUUGUGGCUGGUCAAGUAAAACUGAGAGGUCAGCGAAUUGAGUUGGGUGAAAUUGAGCAAGCCAUCAUGAAGACAAGAGGAUGUCGCGCAGUCACUGCAAUGGUCAUCCAGGAGAAUCUAGUCGCUUUCUGCAGUGGAAGGGAUGAGAUGUCACGCAAAGCUGUGUUGACGACAUGUAAGCACUGGUUACCUGCAUCUAUGAUACCGUCGGAUGUGUUUGUCAUCGACGUAAUGCCACAAUUACCAUCGGGUAAAGUCGAUAGAAAUUCUCUUGAGAAGGCAUAUCUGCAUCCACACUCCAACGGGUCGUCGUCGUCUCUUGCUAUUAGCCUGAAAGACCCAAUCAGUCACUCGGUUUGGAGUAUCGUCAGCCAUCACACCACACAGAAUGUCGGAUUGGAGACCAACCUUACAUUCAUCGGACUAGACUCUCUCAAAUCGAUCCGCAUUGCGUCUGCGUUGCGAAGAGAAGGGUACUCGCUGGGAGCGAUCGAAAUAUUAUCUGCUGCGACCCUUGCAGACCUCAUUGAAGUUUGUAGGAAAUCCAAACUGGUGGAUUUUCCAUCUCAUGACAAGGAAACUAAGCCUGAAGCUUUCAUUGAUACGAAAAACCUUCAACUCAAUGGCUGGCGCCACAACGUCGCUUGCAUACUUCCAUGCACUCCAUUGCAGGAAGCCAUGCUGGCAGAAACAAGAUCGAGGCCCACGGCGUACUGCAACUGGGUCGAGGUCGAGUUCUCAGUUGCUUACACCUAUGAACAGAUUCAGGAUGCUCUGUUAUUUCUGGCCCAGGAGAAUGAGAUACUGCGUACCGGUUUCUGCUUCGAUUCUCAGCAUACGACAGUGUUUUCACAAAUCAUCUGGAAGGAGCUCUCGCUUUCUCAAAUCCGGAAAGUUGACAGCUUCUCGAAUCAAUAUUCGAUGCAAUCUGACCAUGAUUUUCUCCGACCGUUCAGGGUCCAGAUCAGGACUCAUUGCAAAUUCCCUCGCGUGCUCUUCCAAAUAUAUCAUGCUCUAUAUGAUGGUUGGUCUUUGGACCUGCUACUCCGUGAUCUUGAUCAUCGUCUUCAUGGAAAGCAGGACUUGAAGAGGCCAUCAUUUCGGGAAGUUGUACGUUUCUUCGAAGAUGACCGGCGGCUCAACAAAAACCAAAACUCUACAAAUUACUGGAAAAGCCUUCUUGGUGACUAUAUCCCGGCGACCCUGCCCAACUAUCAUGGAAAGCUAGUCCAUGAUGCAAGCAUACAUCGAUUUUCCGGACAAUCAAGUGUCAGCCGGCACAAGCUUUCCGAGUGCGCUCACUAUUCAGCUGUCAACCCACAAGUCUACUUCCAAGCGGCCACUGCAUUCGUGCUCAGUCUUUACAGUGGCUCUAGUGAUGUGGUACUAGGCAACGUAACUUCUGGGCGUACAAUCCCUGUAGCUGGCAUAGAAGACAUCAUCGGCCCUUGCAUCGCUUCCCUCCCAUUUCGUAUCGAUUUCGCAGACACUUAUUGCGUUCGAGACAUCUUAAAAAGAACUCAAUCGAUAAACAGAGACAGUCUACAUUAUAGUCAGCUUCCACUACGUGAGAUAGCAAGGGCUGUUAAUGUCAAGCCUGGAGCGCGGUUGUUUGAAACUUUGUUUGUAUGGCAACAGUCAAUGGUCUCGGAUGACAACGCAUCAUUGAUCGCCAAGGUUGUCGAUAGCGCAGACGAACUGGAGUUCCGAAUAACAUUGGAGUUCGAACCAGUGGGAGACAAUAUCUUGUUCCGGAGCACAUUCGACGCCACAACUGUAUCAGAGCACCAGAUUAAGUACCUGUUUCAGCAAAUCGAGGAAGUAGUGGAGAUGUUCAUGGCGGAUGCCGAUCGUCACGUAAGUACGAUCAACCAAUGCUUUACCACGCCAUCCUUAUCUGUUGCCAACCCCACGCCUCUGGAACAGCGCUUUGAUCAUGGCCCUUCUCAUGCUGUAGAGAAAUGGGCAGCGACUGAUCCACACCGAACAGCUAUAAUAUUCGGCCACGAAGUCAAUGGGUCAAUGAAGGUCAAAGACACAAUGACUUACAGCAUAUUGAACUCACGUGCUAAUCAGUUGGCUCGUGUCCUUGCAGAACAUAGUGUGGCAAAUGACCAGCUCGUGUGUAUUAUCAUGGAGAAGUCAGUCCAUCUCUACACUUCUAUCCUCGCUGUACUCAAGCUCGGCUGCGGCUACUUACCGCUCGUUCCCGAUACCCCAAUCGAUAGAGUCAAAACCAUCCUGAACGAUGCUCGGAUUGCGGUGUGCGUUUCAGAGUCGUCACUGUCAGCUACCUUGCGCUCAGAUCUCUCGGUUGAUGUUAUAGACUUCGACCUCGCUGCGCUCUCUGAUUACUGCGAUCGAAACUUAGAAAUACCAUACAAUGGUCAGCAUCUUGCGUACGCGGUCUUCACUUCCGGAAGCACAGGAACACCCAAAGGCGUUCUUGUGACGCAGGAUAACCUUAUGAGUAACCUACAGUAUCUUUCAACUAUUUAUCCCUUCUCUGCCGACUCGCGUCUGCUACAGGCAUGUUCACAAGCUUUUGACGUCAGCGUCUUCGAGAUAUUCUUCACUUGGUACGUCGGCAUAUGCCUAUGCUCGGCGACAAAAGAACAUCUCUUUCGCGACUUUGAAGCUGCCAUCGACCAACUGAAAGUUACACAUCUUAGUCUUACACCGACGGUUGCUGCGCUAGUGGACCCGAAAAAUGUUCCCAAAGUCGAGUUUUUAGUAACAGCCGGAGAGGCUGUGACUGAACAUGUGCGCAGGAAAUGGGCAGGUCGAGGGUUGUACCAAGGCUACGGACCGUCGGAGACUACAAACAUAUGCACCGUUAGAGUUGCAGUCACUCCAGAUGAUCUGAUCAACAACAUUGGCAGUCCCUUUGCCAACACUUCGGCACUUGUGCUCGAUCCCGAAAGUCAAGACAUACUUCCACGAGGCGCUGUUGGCGAACUUUGUUUCGGUGGCUCACAGGUGUUCCGCGGUUACCUCAACCAACCAGAACUCAACGCCCAAAAGAUCAUUCACCAUCCCACGUACGGCAGGAUAUACCGAUCUGGCGACAUGGGAAUACUUCUUCCAGAUGACAGCAUUCUCUCUACAGGACGCACGGAUGAUCAAGUGAAAAUUCGUGGCCAGCGGGUUGAGCUAGGGGAAGUAACAUCUGUCAUACUUGACCAUGGUGCUGUCUGGGAUUGUGUCACCCUCGCCUUAGAACAGACCAACAAUUCGAGAACGCUUGUUAGUUUCUGGGUACCAAUGGAAGAUUCUUCAAGCUACGUCGAAAGUUUAGACCCUUUGAAAUUCGCAACUACAAUUUCGGAAUUAUUCAACCUAUUAUCUCGACGAGUGCCAUCCUAUAUGGUCCCAUCUCAUCUCAUUCCGAUAUCAUGCCUGCCGAUGACCCCGCAGGCAAAGAUUGACAAACGAUUCUUGCAGCGAUUGUUCUCCAGUUGUGAGGAACAUACCCUGAACAAUGCCACACAUUCUAAUGGUAUCACGGAGACAGAAGAGGGAGAGCUAUUGUCACAAUGGGAGAGGGACGUCUCUCAACUCUUGAUUCGAACGCUCGCCACUUCUUCAGAUAAACUCAAGCGGACCUCGUCAUUCUUCAACCUGGGUCUAGACUCUGUAUCAGCUAUACGUUUCUGCAGCGAGCUACGAAAGGCAGGGCUUGGUGACUACUCUAUAUCCGAAGUUCUCAAGCACCCAUCCAUUGCUAGUUUGGCAUCCUUGAAGAAGCCACAAUUACCUACAACAACAAUGGCCAAGAUGCUGUCGAUAGACGCAUCCAAUAUAUUUACCAUGGACCAAAUCCAAAGAAUUCGCUCGAUCGUUGAGAAAAACGGGGUUGGGGUAAUGAAAAUACUUCCUUGUACGCCACUCCAAGAAGCCAUGAUAUCGAGUGGUCUCUCUUCAUCGGGGCAGGCAUACUGUAAUGUUAUGGUUUUCGAUAUCAAGGGAGAUGUGCACCAGCUACAAAGGUGCUGGGAGACUGUGAUCCAGCGGCACGAAAUUCUUCGAACUUCGUUCGUUGCAACGGAGGAUUCAUCUUACUCAUUUGCCCAAGUCAUUGUAGAAGGGUAUGACAUGGGUUGGCAUCAGGAAAGUAUGGACAUCAACCUCCAAUCGCGCAUCAGCAAGAUCUUGUCCGAUCUCAUGGAAGCCAACAAACCUCCAGUGUACUUUUCUCUGACCCGAGAAGAAGAUUCCACAAAGUUGCUCUUUUGCUGCCAUCAUGCCCUCUAUGAUGGUAUAGCUAUAUCUACACUCCUUGCAGAAGUCCAGGAACUAUAUCAUGGCCGCCAGCUACUACCGCCAGUUUCUUACGAUAUUUACCUGAAGCGCAUGCUUGAGCAGAACUUGGAUGAGGCCGACAAGUAUUGGUCUGCUCUAUUGGAAGGUUUUGAGCCCACGUCGUUCCCCACUCUCACUGGGAAGAGAGUCCAAGAGUAUGAAGCUUUCGCGUCUUCGUCAAGACGUCUCAACAUGUCACUCGACAGCGUGCGGAAAGCAUGCCGAGACAGUUCAGUGUCACUUUUGUCCGUUGUACACGCUGCAUGGGCAAAACUACUCUACUUUUACACUCAUGAAAAUGACGUCUGUUUCGGCAACAUAGUCAGUGGUCGCAGCUUUCCAGGAGAGGAUCUCGAACGCCUGGUCGCACCUUGCUUCAACACUCUGCCAGUCCGUGUCGAUUUUGACUUUGGUAAAAGCAAUCGCGCCUUGAAGACUUCACUCAAGGAUGGUGGGCGUCUAUUUGACUCCCUUGUGAUCCUUCAGCACCCCAAUGCGCCUUUGGAUAACUCCAUUUGGAGGCUUGAGCAAGACUCUGGUGACAUGGACAUACCUAUUGUAUGCGAAGUCGUUCAGGACCAAGUUGAGGAUACUUUACGACUAUUGCUGCACUACAACAAUUCGCUCAUAUCCGAACCAGAGGCUUCAAUAGUUAUGGAGACUUUCGAUGCUGCCUUGUCAUCUCUCAUCAAGUCUCCUGAUGAACUCUCUGCUGACACCGACAUGUUCCCUACCAACCUCUGGGCGAAUUAUAACAUGAACUCCAAACGUCUCGAAAGUGAGUCUAUCUUUCUGCACUCUGGAUUUGAGCGCAGGGCAUUGUUGCAUCCAGAUCGCAUUGCCCUCGACUUCUGGCAUUCCCAAGGGAAGAAGACGACAUGGUCUUUCGAGCGACUCAACCAAGAAGCAAAUCAGAUUGCACACGCGCUCAUCAGAGCUGGUGCUAGGCGAGAACAAGUCAUACCUAUCCACAUACCCAAAAGUCCAGUAUAUUAUGCUAGCGUACUGGGAGUACUCAAAUCUGGAGCCGCGUUUGCACCUAUUCAUCCCGAUCUGCCCGAAGCACGCAAGCAGUUGAUGUUCAAAGAUCUGAAACCAAAUAUCGUUCUUUGCGACGAUAGUUCGUUGCUUCCUGAACAUAUUCCUGGAAUAACCGUUCUCAACGCUCAAUAUCUUUCAAGUGAUGAUGUUUCCAACCCCGUUAUCGAGGACUUGAAAGAUACCAACCUGGCUUACUGUCUUUUCACCUCCGGCUCUACAGGUGUCCCAAAAGCUGUCAGCAUGGAACACCAUGCUCCAAUACAGACCGUCGAAAGCUCCAGAACACUCAUACCUUGGAACUCCAAAUCUCGACUCCUUCAAUACGCUGCGAUAACUUUCGACAUGUGCUACUACGAUUGCUUUCUUGCUUGGACCUUUGGCUUUACCCUUUGUGCUGCGGAGCAGAAUGACUUACUCAACGAUCUUUCGGGAGUGAUCAAAACUCUUGAAACUGAUCUACUUGACCUCACGCCAUCUGUUGCAGAGACUCUGAAGAGGGCUGAUGUUCCAAAUGUAAAAUGGCUUUAUUGCAUCGGUGAAGCCAUGUCUUCAUCAGUUGUGAAGGAGUGGGAGGGGGCAUGCGUCAAUUCGUAUGGCCCGACCGAAGCUGCCUUUUGUACGACCAUGACUCCCCUCUCUAAAGAUGAAAGCACUUCUAUUAUCGGAAAACCCUUUCCAACAACAUCCUUUGCGGUGUUCUCUGAGUGUAGCGAAACUCCAUUGCCUGUUUUGAGUAUCGGAGAGCUCUACAUCGGGGGUGCACAGCUCGCGCGAGGUUAUUGGGGCAGGGCCGACCUCACACAUGAUCGUUUCGCGAGGCGCUGCGGAAAAAGAUUCUACAAAAGUGGCGAUAUGGUACGGAUGUUAAGCGAUGGCAACUUCGAAUUCAUAGGACGUCUUGACGAUCAGGUCAAGAUCCGUGGGCUUCGAGUUGAGCUGGGUGAGAUCAAUAGUGUUCUUGCAGAGCUUGACUCAGAUUUGCUUUCUGUCACGACGCAAAUCCUACGGAAAGAAGAAUCCUCAAAAGAGCAAUUGGUUUCAUUCAUGGUUCUACGUCAAUCGAUCCAAGAAAGGGAUAUCCCCAUGCUCCAAGGAAAGUUGAAAAAACUAGCGAGUACUCAUCUACCUUCAUAUAUGGUGCCUCAGUUCUUCUUGGCAGUGGACGAGAUACCAAGAUCCAUGGCUGGCAAGAUUGACAAGAAGGCUUUGGGGACCAUCUUUCAACAAUAUUCAGAUUCUAACGCACUUCCCAAUGGGAUCUCACAUACGACGGAGCACCAGUGGUCCAAGACAAAAAGUGAGGUCCGCAACGUUCUUGCGCGUAUAUCCAGAACUCCAAUGGAAAACAUCUCGCCGACAACAUCGAUAUACCAGCUAGGUCUUGACAGCAUCAGCGCAGUUCAGAUCGCAUCUACUCUUCGUUCUCAGGGAUACACAAUCAAAGCGACAGACGUCCUGAAAUAUACCUCAUGCAAUGAUCUUGCUGAGCACUUGGACCAGAUGUCCACCCCAGAGGUGUCUGAAAUUUCACCAUUCGAUUUCCAUGGCUUUGAGAGCAAGCACAGAACACAGAUCCUGAGAGAUCAUGGUAUCCAAGAUGGAAAUGUUGCCGCUGUCCGCCCGUGCACCCCCCUCCAAAACGGGAUGGUAUCGCAAUUCCUUGCAAAGGAGGGGGCUGUUUACAUGAACUACCUCAGGUUGCAACUAGAGCCGAAAGUUGACUCAGAGAAGCUAAAAGCAGCAUGGUCCUCUACCAUGGAACGCCAUAGCUUGCUACGUACUGGAUUUGCUCAUGUUAAAGAUCUACUUUUCCCCUUCGCCAUGAUCGAGUAUACCCAGGUUUCGGUCACACUACCAUGGAGUGCAACACGAGAGCAAAAGAAAUCUCAGUCGUCCGAUGCAUGGCUUCAGCAAAUACGGGACCAGUCACUCAAGGAGCUGUACGUACCUCCUUGGGCGCUACGAUUCGUUGAAAGUAAUGAUCAGUUCUUCCUCGACUUGGCCAUUUUUCACGCACUGUUCGAUGCGCAAAGCCUCCGAAAUAUCUUUACCGAUGUUACAGCCUUUUACAAGGGUCUAAGCCUACCACCCGUGCCCUCUCUGGACGAAGUUGUGAGUCAUGUCAUUCAAUCUAAUAAGCAAGAUAACAGCGGCGGAAAGGAGUUCUGGGUUGAACUUGGCAAGACUGCAAAUCCAUCUCGUUUUCCCAACCUAGCGCCUUUGAAAUACUGUCCUGAACCUCCAAUCGUAUAUACCACGCGAUCUGCAAAAUCACUUGUGGAUUUGGAAAAUGGAUGUCGGCAAGCAAAUACCACGAUGCCAGCUGUGGGCAUGGCGAGCUGGCUAUCACUGCUGUCUUCCUAUACUGGAGAAAGUUCUGUGACCUGCGGUGUUGUCCUUUCUGGCCGAAAUUCCGAUGCUACAGCGCACGCCAACUUCCCGUGCAUCAAUACUGUGCCGUUAGUGCUCACGGUGGCGAAUGACACGACAAAGAUGCUGGAAUCAAUCACCGUGUUAAAUGCGGGCAUCCAGGAACACCAGUUCAAGCCACUUAGAGAAAUCCAAACACUAAUGGGCUUUCCAAACGAGGCGCUCUUUGAUAGCAUUUUCGCCUAUCAGAAACUGGCAGACGAUAAAGAUAUCUCCGACCUUUGGACUGUUGUAGACGAAAAGGCCACCAUCGAGUAUCCAAUCUCCAUCGAGCUGGAACCAAAGGAAGGAUGGUUGGAGUACAGACUUACGUACUUUCCACACAUAAUUCCGAGAGAACAAGCGUCUUUGAUUCUUUCACAGCUUGAUCACUUGAUGGAAAGUUUGAUCUUUCCCUCCGAAACUCCUUUGGCUGAGACAGACUACUCCCAGCAGCUAUACUCUAUCACUCCAGCAAAGGAAGAUGAGUUGCCAUCGGACAUGAAGCUGCUCCAUGAACUGGUAGAGAAGACUGCUAAAGAGUACCCUCAACGCAUUGCUUUUGAAUUUGUGUCAAACGAGAGUAAUGGAAAGCGUUCAGUGAGGCAGUGGACAUAUCACGAACUGGAUCAAGAAGGCAACAAGAUCGCACAACUGCUGGCGGCUCACCAUGUCAAGCAAAACAGCCUUGUUGGUGUGUGCUUCGACAAAUGUCCAGAAGCCUCUUUCGCUAUGCUUGGAAUACUCAAAGCGGGAUGCGCUUUUGUUGCCAUCGAUCCGGGAGCACCUGCCGCGCGUCAGACUUUCAUCAUUAAGAACUCUGACGCUCAGGCUGUUUUGUCAAUGUCAUCACAGUCGGCUCAGUUUGAGGCCAGUGCUAAAGUGCUGGUCCUCAACCUCGAUGAAGUCGAAUGGCGCUCGCUUUCUGGGCAAAAACUGUUACAAAAUAGCGCCAUUGACCCACAGGACCGCAGCUACUGUUUGUAUACGUCUGGAACCACUGGUACACCUAAAGGCUGUGAACUGACUCAUGAGAACACUGUCCAAGCCCUGUUGGCCUUCCAGCGUCUUUUCGCGGGGCACUGGGAUGUGAACUCGAGGUGGCUCCAAUUCGCGUCAUUUCACUUUGAUGUCUCCGUACUUGAACAGUACUGGAGCUGGUCUGUUGGUAUUUGCGUAGUAUCCGCACCUCGUGACCUUAUCUUUGAAGACCUUGCAAGCUCCAUCCGUGAUCUCAACAUCACCCACAUUGACCUCACGCCUAGUCUCGCUCAAAUUCUACAUCCCGACGACGUACCAAGUCUCUGUAAGGGUGUUUUCAUCACCGGCGGCGAGAGUCUAAAGCAAGAGAUUUUGGAUGUUUGGGGUCCUAAAGGCGUCAUCUACAAUGGAUACGGGCCGACCGAGGCCACGAUAGGAUGCACCAUGUACCCACGCGUUCCAGCAAACGGGAAACCCUCCAAUAUCGGCCCGCAAUUCGACAAUGUUGGGUCACUGGUCCUCCGUCCGGGCUCUGACGUUCCAGUCUUGAGAGGUGGUAUCGGUGAACUUUGCGUCUCGGGAAAACUCGUUGGAAAAGGCUAUCUCAAUCGUCCAGAUUUGACUGCAGAGCGCUUCCCAUAUCUCGACCGCUUCUCUCAACGCGUAUACCGCACGGGAGAUGUCGUUAGAAUUCUUCAUGAUGGUACAUUCCACUUUUUGGGUCGUGCCGAUGACCAAGUCAAGUUGCGUGGCCAGCGUUUGGAAGUCGCUGAGAUCAAUUCUGUGAUUAAACAGUCUGACAGCGAUAUUUCGGAUGUCGCAACGCUUGUGUUGAAGCAUCCGAAGCAACAGAAAGAGCAACUUAUUUCCUUUAUUGUGUGCAGCAAAGCUCUGAAGGCUCAACCAGAAGUCUUGUUCGGCGAGGUUCGAGGAACAGCAAGCGCGAAGCAGGCUUGUAACGACAAACUUCCACCUUACAUGAUACCCACCCAUUUUGUCCCGCUUGCUUCCAUGCCACUCAAUGUCAACAACAAGGCAAAUGGCAAGGCACUUAAGAAGAUGUAUGAGGCUCUUUCUUCUAGCGACCUUCAAAAGCUGUCUGCCGCUUCCUUGUCUGGAGACGAACAAUGGUCGAAACAAGAGGAGAAACUCCGCGAUGUCAUGCUUGAAGCCCUUGGCGCGGAUCAUGAGAGCAUAUUCAAAAACACAAGCUUUUAUGAGUUGGGCAUGGACUCUAUCUCCGUUAUAGGCGUCACACGAUCUUUGAAACAGGCUGGUUUCACGAAAGUCACUACCUCAAUGAUACUGCAAUGCCCUACAAUUCAGCGGCUUGCAAAAUCUCUGGCAGCCAAUAGUGCUACGAGCAAAGUUCAUGGAUCAAUUCUCGCAGCACAGCAGUCUAUCAAUGCUGUAAAUCAUCGCCAUCGACGCAAAGUUGCUAACCGCUUGUCUGUCGAACCCAGCAUGAUCGAAGCUGUUGCACCAUGUACACCGCUACAGCAGGGCAUGAUUGCAAGAUCCAUGGAACAUGACAACGGGCUUUACUUCAAUACUUUCCAGUUCAAAUUGAACAUGAAUGUUAAUGAAGAGAAGCUGCAAAAUGCAUGGGCAUCAAUGUAUAACUCGACCCAAAUACUACGUACGGUGUUCGUAAAUACCGAAGAAGGCUAUGUGCAAGCAGUUCUCAACAGCAUUCCUUUCAACGGGCUUAUCCAAACAUUGGCUGAAGAUGAUGAACUCGCCGAUCACAUGGCUCAAUUACGGAAGGAUUGGCUCAGCCUCAACGAUGUUGACUUUCAACAACCAUUCCAGGUGCAUCUUGUUUCGACGCAGAAGCAGAAGUUACUCAUUAUGCACAUAUUCCAUGGCCUCUAUGACGGUAAUAGCAUUGGUCACUUACUGAAAGGUGUAUGGGAUUCGUACAACGGAUGGGAUUCGAUGUCAGCUGCGCCAUCGUUCCACACUGCUCUUGCCCACGGUCCACUGAGAAUGCCCAACGACGCGAAAAGUUUCUGGAAGAACAAGAUACUAGCCAGGACUUCAUCUCUCCCCACGCUGCGCGACAAUUCAGGUCAAGACGCUGUUGUUAUCGCACGUACAACACAUGCAUCCUCCAAUUUUGACCUCAUCAGACGACAACUCAAUGUCACGGCGCAAGCUGUUGUACAAGCUUGUUGGUUUAGCGUCCUUCACAGGCAUGUAAAAGGAAAUAUGGCAACCGGCAUAAUCGUAUCUGGUCGCAGCAUCGAACUUGAAGACGCGGAUCGUGUCAUAGGACCUAUGUUCAACACUAUUCCUUAUCACCAGCGGGCUCAGCGCAGCGAGUCCUGGUCGUCAAUCAUCAAGAGGGUACACGAUUUCAAUGUCGAAGCUCACCCAUUUCAACAUACGCCACUGAGAGAUAUUAUGAAGUGGUGCAAGAGGCCUCCAAGCCAUCCGCUAUUUGAGAAUCUCUUUGUGUAUCAAGUUGCACAAGACAAUGAGGACUGGGCAAGAAACGACGUUUGGGAACUCUUGGACGAUGAGGCCGUUGCCGAUUAUCCGUUAGCUUUUGAGGUCGAGCAUCGAGGUGACAACGAGUUGAAGUUGACAUUGGUUGCACAAGGGCAUGUCGCGAAUGACCAGAUUGCAGCUGAAUUAUUGGAUAUGUUUGAAGAAGCGCUAGACCAAGCCAUCAAUGACCCAUCAGCUAUUCUCGAGCUGCCAGUCGAUAUGGAUGGUGCAGUUGAGAACAAUACUGCCAUUCGAUCUCACCUGGAUGACAACAACGAUAUCUCGGAUUUUGAAUGGAGUGACAACGCCAUCGCAAUUCGCGAAGAGAUUGCCAAUUUAACCGCAAACGAGAUGGAAAGCAUCAGUGAAACGACAUCGAUCUUCGCACUUGGCCUUGAUAGUAUCGAUGCAAUCAAGCUCUCGUCAAAGCUCAAGAAACGAGGAAUGGAACUCUCAGUCAGCGGUAUCAUGCGCGGAUUGACUAUUGAGAAGAUGGUACAAAAUAUGUCGAUGAAGAACACUCAAGCUACAGAAGCGACAUCGCACUUUGAUCUGGAUGCCUACAAAACGAAGCUAGCAAAGUAUCUCGACCACCAAGGAUCCAGCACCAACGACAUUGAGGAAGUGCUUCCUCUAACACCGCUCCAGGAAGCUAUGGUUGCUGAGAUGAUCGCAUCCAAGUAUACAAGGUACUACAACCAUGACGUGCUGAAGCUCAGCCCAGAUACAGACAUAAGCAAGUUUCACAAAGCCUGGACAACAGUCGUCAUGGGUUCACCAAUUUUACGUACUGGUUUCGUUGAGGUGGACAAUCCGGACAUCGAUCUCUCUUUCGCGCAGGUCAUCCACCAUCAACCACAGGACUUUUACUCACACAUGAGUUCUGACAGCACACCGGACUUUAUAUCUAUCUUCAGGGAUCUCCGAAACGACGCGGUUCAAAGACCACUUUCAACGCCACCCUUUCAUCUUACAUUCAUUGACACGCCUGGUCAAUCGUAUCUUGUGUUAUCAAUCGCGCAUGCGUUGUAUGAUGGAUGGUCUCUGGGCUUGUUGCAUUCUGACAUGCACAGAGCUUACCAGGAUGAAUUUCAAGCUCGGCCCUCCUACCAGCCGUCAUUAGCAGAGAUCAUCAAAACCUCAGGACCCGAUGCCGCAGGCUUCUGGCAGGACUACCUCUCUGGCGCUAACGGUAACACUUUCCCGUGUCGAACACUAGGACCCGAUGAGAAGAGCAGCAUCGUUCAUCGCCAUCAAGAAAAUAGUAAAAUUGUGCUGGAAAGCAUCCAGUCAUUUGCUAGGAAGAACAAUGUUUCGCUUCAGACUGUGGGACAAACAGUCUUUGCUCUCGUCACUGCAUCCUUUACCCGCUCUCUCGAUGUUACUUUUGGCUCUGUGCUUUCCGGACGCGACGACGAGGAAACAUCCCAGCUGAUGUUUCCGACUAUGAAUACAGUGGCUAUAAGAACCAUUCUUCACGGAACAAGUGUUGAAUUGUUACAAUAUGUUCAAGACAACUUUGCGAAUAUCAAGCAGUGGCAACAUUACCCGCUUCGAAAGGCCAUGUCGCAGGCUAGGGUAGACGGAAAAUUGUUUAACAGCCUGUUCGUUUAUCAAAAAAGCUUGGAACGAGAGCAGGAUGAGGGUGAGAAGCUGUACACCAGUGUUGAGGGCCAUAGUGACGUCGAGUAUCCUGUUUGUGUCGAGAUGGAGGUAGUGAACAAUACUUUAGUAUGGCGUUGCGCAGUCAAAAAUGAUGUUUUUGAUUUUGAAGGAACAAAGCAGUUGCUGAAGAGGAUGGAUGAUGUGCUGAUACACUUGAUGGAGCGGGCAGAGGCACCGGUGAUUGAGAUGACCGCAGAAGGAACGUCGGUCUGCAGUCUGCCAGCUUUCAAAGAAGCUGAGAUUCAGACUGAAAGCGUUCGUGUGGAAUUUGGAGAAGACGACGGACAGGACGCACCAAGCACAGAAACAGCUAACAAGAUCCGCAAAAUACUGGCUGCAGUUUCGAAGACACCUGAGGAGGAGAUGACCAACGAAAUGACCAUAUUCCACAUGGGACUGGACUCGAUCAGCGCAAUCAAAGUAUCAUCACUUCUUCGCAAACAGGAGAUUGUCCUCAGUGUUGGGGAGAUGCUGCAAGCUGGUUCGGUGAAGAAGAUGGCCAAGCUUGUCGAUGCUCGUGCUACCGAACCGUCCAGAGAUGGCAAGAAUGAUAUCUCAAGUCACGAAGAGACACUGAAAGACUUCAAUCAAGCGAAAUUUUUUGAACGAGCCGGCGUAGAUGCGGACAAUGUCGUCCAGGUUUUGCCAGUCACUGCUGGUCAGCUUUACAUGCUGUCCAUGUGGCUCAACACCAACGGCAGCAAUUUCUAUCCAGAGUUUAGCUACGAGCUCAAGGGGGAUAUGGCAUUUGGAGGUCUGCAAAAGGCAUGGCAGGAUUUGGUGACGAUGAAUCCAAUACUCAGGACAUGCUUCGUCUCUGCUGACGACCGUCGGGUAUCCUACGUCCAGCUUGAGUUGAGAAAUGUCGAUAGCGCGAUAAUAGAUGUUACUGGAUACGGAGAAGAUGAGAUACGCGACCACAUUCAACACGCUGCAACUCACCAGCCAUGGGCAAGGCUGCUGGUUUCCCAGAACUCCCACGGCUGGACUCUGCGACUCAAAAUACACCACGCACUCUACGACGGCAUCAGUCUACCACUGCUGAUACAACAAUUUGAAGACCUCUGCAACGGCAGCGUCCCUACUGUUCCUCAAAACAAUAUCUUAGCCGACUUCAUAUCCAGCACACCCUCGCUCUUCUCUUCUCCACAGCGCGGCCAAUUCUGGGAAACCCAUCUCUCCAAUACCCACCCAAUACACCUAAAGCAGCCCUCCUACACACCCACCACCCGCCUAGAAAUCUUCCACCCGUCCCUAACCCCCAUACAAGCCCUCGAUACCACCGCCCGCCACCACGGCAUCUCCCUGCACGCCCUCUUCCUCGCUAUCUACGCAAAACUCCACGCCCGCCUCACCCACAGCACCACCGUCGACGACAUAGUCCUAGGCAUCUACCUGGCCAACCGCUCUCUAUCAUGUACCCUUGACCUCCCCACCGCCGCAAUCCCAACACUCAACCUCGUUCCGUUACGCAUCUCAACACCGCGAUCCCGCAGCGUAGUAGAGUCAGCCAAGGAAAUCCAAGCGCAUCUGCGUCAUCUUAGCGAUGCUGCAGUCGCGACUACGAGUUUAUUGGAGAUAGAAGAGUGGACUGGUGUAAAGAUUGAUGUCUUUGUCAACUUUCUGGUCAAUCUAGACGAUACGGAGAAUUCCCCGAAACAGGGAGAUCGAGGUGUCAAAGUUACGACGCCUACGGUACAACAGGAGUACCGCACACCAUUUUCGCGUACAUCGCCUGUUGUCCGUCCUGAACUGGUUAUCGAAGAGUUAAGAGACGAGCGUGUGAAUGGCGUAUAUUUGCAUGCCAUUGAUAUUGAAGCUACGGUGCGAGAGGGACACUUGGAUGUUGGGAUUUUUGCACCAGGGGAUAUGAUUAGUUUGGAGCAAGGAGAGGAAUUGAUAGAUGUGUUGAAGAGGGAGGUUGAGGGGUUAUCAUAG